AUGGAGUUCGUUAGUUGUAUUACCAUGGUUAAUGAAAAAGAGGAAUAUAGGGAAGAUGCUGAAAGUGGUCUCUGCAAAAUCCAGAUCGAGGAAGAUGCAGUGUUAGAAGCGAUAGAUGAAGCUAAGCUUUCAAAAUUAAAGGUGGACAGCUUGUUAGUGAGCGAGGGUACAGAGAUUUUUUCCAAAACUGGUUUGGGAAUUGAUGAUGUGCGAGUCUUUAUUGGAGAAAAUAUCAAUGAAGAGUCCAAGAAAUAUGUGUGGUACGAAUUGCUCAAAAUGUUGACUGGGCAUAAGAUAUAUGUUGCCCCGCUAGAUAAUAAAAUUACGUUUUCCAAAUGGACGUGUAGAAUACAAGAUGACAAGGUAUGGAAAGUGGUUAUGGAAUUGGAAUCAUCGGCGAUUAUAAGAAAAAUUGCAGAAUUUAAUUUAUGCCCAGUUAAAAAUGGGGAGGCUGACUUAUUUGCAAUGGCUGAUAAACUGUAUCAAGAUAUUUGUUGUGUAAACGAUUCAUACAGAAACAUGAAGAAAAGUGAUUUGCGUAAUAGAAGCCGAGUUAAGGAACUAGUUCAAGAAAGGGAACUUUUGGAUAAGCUUUUGGAAGAACGUGAUAACAAAACGAGAGCUAUUGUGGUGACCCUAUUGAAUGAGAAAAAGAAGAAAAUACGAGAACUGAAUGAGGUUUUGCGGCGUAAUAAUAUUAAAGUGUGUGGCGAUGAUAUUCCAGAUUCUGAACUCAUUAAUAUGGAAGUGGCAAAACCAAUCUCUGAGUUAAAUUCUCCAGGUAAGAGGUUGAAACGAAGAAGGAUGAUGGAAUCCCAAAAUCUAAAUGAAAAGUUGGGAAUUGCAAACCAGAUGAAGUCACAUAGCAUAUCUCCGAUUGCAAAAGAAGACGAUGAUUUCGAUGAUUUCCAAUUUUUUGGGAUUACUAAAAGGUCAAGUAGCGCUAAAAACGACAAACUCAGUGAAAAGGAAGAUGACAGUUUCUCAUUCAGGAACGAUACAAGAUCAGUAAGUUCUCUAUCAGAUAAUACAAAUGAAGAUGAUCAAGAACAUUUAGUUUCCUUAGACGGAAAUAACAUUCAAUCUUCGAUCUUCCAACCAAUCGAAGAGCAUGGCAAGGUUUCUGGGUCUGGGUCUGGGUCUGCAACUGGAACUGAUUCCAGUACAGAAAAAGUAAGGGACCCUAAUCAUGAUAGGCAUAGUAAUAAUGGAAAUGAAUCCGAUCUAGGCUCAGAGCAAGAAACAGAUAUAGAGGAAGACUAA